GGCCGCGCGGCUGUGCGGGUAGGGAGGGGCCUUAGGGCAUGGCGGCGGGUAUGGCAGCAGGCAUGUUUCGCAGCUUGGCAGUGGCCGGUGGAGGCGAGAGUAGCGAGAGCGAGGAUGACGGCUGGGAGAUUGGGUAUCUCGAUCGGGCAUCUCAGAAAUUAAAAGGGCCGUUACCCACCGAAGAAAAGAAUGAAAUAUUUAAGAAAGCAUUGACCACGGGAGAUAUUUCAUUGGUCCAAGAGCUCCUAAAUUCUGGCAUUAGUGUAGAUUCCAGCUUUCAGUAUGGAUGGACUCCCCUUAUGUAUGCUGCUAGUGUUUCCAAUGUAGAGCUGGUUCGGGUCCUUUUGGACAGAGGUGCUAAUGCAAGUUUUGAUAAGGAUAAGCAGACUAUUUUGAUAACUGCAUGUUCUGCUCGUGGCCCAGAGGAACAGAUCCUGAAGUGUGUAGAGCUGCUACUUUCAAGAAAUGCUGAUCCAAAUGUUGCUUGUAGGAGACUUAUGACUCCAAUCAUGUAUGCUGCAAGAGAUGGUCACCCUCAGGUUGUUGCUCUCCUUGUUGCUCAUGGAGCAGAAGUUAAUACCCAGGAUGAGAAUGGCUAUACUGCUUUAACAUGGGCAGCACGUCAGGGUCAUAAAAAUGUAGUUUUGAAGUUGCUUGAACUUGGAGCUAAUAAAAUGCUACAAACCAAACAUGGAAAUACACCAAGCGAAAUUGCAAAAAGAAAUAAACAUCUAGAGAUAUUCAGCUUUCUUUCUUUGACUCUAAAUCCGUUGAAAGGAAAGCUUCAACAGCUAACUAAAGAAGAGACUAUUUGUAAACUAUUGACAGCGGAUUCUGAUAAAGAAAAAGAUAACAUAUUUAGUUCAUAUACAGCAUUUGGAGACCUGGAAGUAUUUUUACAUGGUCUUGGACUUGAACAUAUGACAGAUUUAUUAAAGGAAAGGGAUAUAACUUUAAGACAUCUUUUGACCAUGAGGAAAGAUGAGUUUACAAAGAAUGGAAUUACCAAUAGAGAUCAGCAGAAAAUUCUGGCUGCUCUUAAAGAACUAGAAGUAGAAGAGAUAAAAUUUGGAGAAUUACCUGAAGUAGCAAAGUUGGAAAUCAGUGGUGAUGAGUUCCUCAACUUUCUUCUGAGAUUAAACAAACAAUGUGGCCAUUUAAUAACAGCUGUACAGAAUAUCAUCACUGAGUUGCCUGUACAUUCUCACAAGAUAGUACUUGAAUGGGCUUCUCCUCGGAAUUUUACUUCAGUUUGUGAAGAACUGGUUAGCAAUGUCGAAGACUUGAAUGAAGAGGUCUGCAAACUAAAAGACUUAAUUCAGAAGUUGCAAAAUGAAAGAGAAAAUGAUCCAACUCAUAUUCCAUUAAUAGAAGAAGAAUCUACAUGGAAUAGUAGAAUUUUGAAGAGGACAGCUAUUACAGUAUGCGGAUUUGGAUUGCUUCUUUUCAUUUGCAAGCUAACUUUCCAAAGAAAAUAAUCCAAAUAUUUAUUUUGAGUAAUGUAUGUAUAUUUUAUUUAAAUUACCUUAAAAUGUUAUUUAUAACCAUUUGUGGCCCAAUAUAACUAUAUUCUUUGCCAGUAUUCCACAGGAAAAAUUAUGAUAGCAUAGAACAGGAAGUUUUUCUUUAGGAAGUGGUUUGUCAGUUUGAGUUAAAAUAUAAUUUGUUACAUUUUAUGUUAAUUUUGAUCAAGCAGUAAGUUAUAAGUGAUUCUUAAGUUUGAUCCUGUGACUCUAAAUCACAUUCAAAAUAAAAGUUUUGUCUUAUAUUCUUUGACAUUUAAAAAGUGUGUUUAUUUGUCACAGUGAAUCUUAAAAAAUCUGUAGUGUACAUUAAUCAGUAGCUUUCUUUUAGUCCUUAUUU